AUGACGAAGACGCGCUCAAAUUCUAAGGAUUCUACUAUGAGCAAUGGUUCAGCAAUUUUUGGUGCCCGUGUAACUCGGAGCGCCGCUAGAAGUCGUGGUGAAAAACUGGUGGAAUUAAGCAGAGAAGGAGUCGAAGUCGUUCAGUUAAAGAACAAGUUGUAUCGUCCAAUUAAGUCAAAAAUUUUGCGUCAAAACAUAACCGAGGAGGAAAUUCAAUUCAUUAUUGAUAAUGAUGAUUUGUCGGACACUGACAGUGAGGAUUCACUUCCCGACCAUAAAUAA